UGGUCAGUAGCAGCUACCAAGUUGGAGCAGAAAAUUUAUAAUGAAUGUAUUUUGCUUUUACAUAAAUACCACUUUCAGUGAAAGGCCUUAGCUUAACUCUUAUAGUCUUCUAUUAUUCCUUCUGAACUCUUUUCCUACAGUUUCAUGCAUAGGGAGAACCUCUUCAUUUGACUCUUGCUUUAUCAUCUGCUUUACCAUUUGAUUUGCUGGCGCCUUCUGCUUCACGGGAGCUGAAAAAUGGUAGAAAGUGCUUUGCUCUCUGAGUAGAGUUCGCCAGAGAAAGAUAACAUUUUUUAGUCCUUUAUAAUGCCAGUUCCACUUGCUCCCUACCCUGCACCACCAGCUCCUUAUACACCACCAGCUAAUGGUGCACAGAGUCAACUUGUCUGUUCUGGAUGUAGAAACCUUCUCAUGUAUCCAGUUGGAGCCACCUCCGUGUGCUGUGCUGUUUGCAAUGCAGUCACAGCAGUGCCACCUCCUGGCACAGAAAUGGCCCAGUUAGUUUGCGGAGGUUGCCAUACUCUACUCAUGUACAUCCGUGGAGCGACAAAUGUGCAAUGUUCUUGUUGUCACACGGUCAAUCUAGCGUUGGAAGCAAAUCAGGUGGCACAUGUCAACUGUGGGAACUGCAGGAUGCUGCUCAUGUACCAAUAUGGAGCAAGAUCCGUGAAAUGUGCAGUUUGCAAUUUUGUGACAUCAGUUGGGGCCAGUGGGACGACAAGCACCACUGAGCAGAAGUUCAACACUGUAACCAUACAAUAGGAAGGUCAUUACAGACUCUACAACCUUGGUUUUGCUAGUUACAUAUCGCCCUUAAGGAAUAAAGAGUUAUCAGAUUGGAGAGGAAACUCUUUUCACAUGUAUAGAGUUAUUUUUCCGGUGCGUGAUUGUAUUAAAUAUUUUUGUUAGAUUGGGUGUAUGAAAAACUAUCUAUGAUAAGUUUUCAGUUUGAGUGUUUUUAAAAUUCCCAUCUUUAGAUUGGGUGUAGAGUUUAUUUUCAGCUGUAGAUAAUUUAUGUAAGAUGUGCACAAAAAGAAAGUAACUGACAGAACCCUCGCAAUCACUAAAUAUGUGAUUGAUAAAUAUUUAGAAUGGGUUUAGAGCAAUAGAUGAGAUGAGAAAAUCUCAACUACUCAUUUACUUUUCUGUGCAUAUACGUUAUGUAUAUAUAUAUAUUUAUUUA